GCCGGCCGGCCGGCCAUGCUCAUCACGCUGUGCUACCUGUACCUGUGGGCGCGCUGGGGGCGCGGGCCCGCCGCGCUAGUGCGCACCACGGUGCAGCAGCUGCGGGCCUCGCGCUGCUCCUUUACCUUCUGCCGCGCGGCCGCGCAGCCCCAAGGAGCCCGCGUGUGCCUGAGCCGCGGCGGCCGCGUCUUCUGCGUCGGCGAGAGCCAGUCCAUUGAUGACUUGAACAAAUGGGCCCUGUUUCUGGUUUCUCCUUUUAUACUUGAAGCAGAACACAUAGUAUUUGUGACAGAGAACAUUUGGGUGCAAGGUGACACUUUACAGAGACCAUCGUCCUCUUCGGAAACUAUUGUGAAGUGGUCGGAUUGUUGCCUGCCGUUAGCUUGCAGACCUGGGGAUCCUUAUCGGUUGAUCGCCAAAGCAAGUGUAGAUGACUUCAGCCAGCUGGGAGUGGCGUUCCUUGAAGAUAGACUCCAGGUGGCUAACGGACUGACACCCCAAAAGAUCGUUUCUGUCCACUUGCACGACUCCGAUCUGAAGGAACUUAAGGAUCAGGCCUCAGACACGCCAGCCCAGCUCCUAGAGCCCCAGCCCGAGUCUUCUGUUGAGAGCAAGCCUGAGCUGGAGGUUAUGGAGCACGUUGGCAGAGAGGACUGCCAGGUUCUGGGUUCCGCACCCACGCAGGGGCAAGGCAGUGCCCUGAGGGGCGAGCCUGCCGGGGAGAGCGACAGAGGCGUGGGCUCCUUCGAGCACUGUCACCUCCAUCUUUCUAGCUGCCACGAGUGUUUGGAGCUUGAGAACAGCACCAUCGAAUCCGUCAAGUUUGCCUCUGCCGAGAACAUUCCAGAUCUUCCUUACGACUACAGCAGUGGUUUGGAGGGUGUCACGUAUGACCUCUGCCCCAAGAGAGAACAGAGGAGGGUCAACCUCACGGGAAAGGCACCCAACAUCCUUCUCUACGUGGGGUCCGACUCCCAGGACGCCCUGGGCCGGCUCCAGCAGGUCCGGUCAGCUCUGGCCGACUGCGUGGAUACCAACUGUUACGCUCUCUACCACCUGCCGCUGGAAAGUGCUCUCAGGGACCCGUGGCCAGACAACUGCCUGUUGGUGGUCAUUGCCACGAGGGAGUCCAUCCCUGAGGGCCUGUCCCGGAGGUUCAUGGCCUAUCUUUCUCAGGGAGGGAAGGUCCUGGGCCUGUCAUCGCCCUUCACGCUUGCUGGCUUCCAGGUGACCAGGAAGGCCCCACUGCAGGACACAGUCCAGAGCUUGGUUUUCUGCAAGGCAGACUGGAGCCAGGUGAGGCUCAGCGUCUGGAGCAGCGGCUGCGUUUACGAGGCGGGCCCCGGGGAGCCACUCAGCCUGGGCAAGCUCCAGGGCCACCUGGACAGCAAGGACAAGGACAGGCUGAUUGUGCAAGUGCCUUUCGGAACAUGUGGAGGAGAAGCUGUUCUUUGCCAGGUACGCAGGCCGGCAUCCAUGUCAGGAUCUUUGGGUCUCUUUGAUUAGAUAUGCUCUUGAAGGAUGUACUUUGAAAGGCUGGAGAGUCUGUGUGCUGGGGGGGGUACUUCUGACUUGUGGCUGGGAAUUUUUGCUGAUGGUGAGUAGCAGGCUUUCCUGUGAAUAUCCUGUUUCACCAAAAUACUUGUGAUGGAGGAACGAGGCAGAAGGUAUUAUGGCUAAUUAAAGAUUGCUGGUUGGGCUUCCCUGGUGGCGCAGUGGUUGGGAGUCCACCUGCCGAUGCAGGGGACACGGGUUCGUGCCCCGGUCCGGGAGGAUCCCACAUGCCGCGGAGCGGCUGGGCCUGUGAGCCGUGGCCGCUGAGCCUGCGCGUCC